AUGGUGGCUGGCAGAAAGCUGGCUGGCAAGAACGCAGGCUGGCAGGAAUGCUGGAUGGGAGGAACAAUGGCUGCACAAAACGUUGGCUGGUACGAAAGCUGGCUGGCAGGAACGCUGCCUGGCAUCAACGCUGGCUGGCAGGAACGAUGGAUGGCAGGAACGGUGGUUGGCAGGAAUGGUGGCUGGCAGAAACGCGGGCCGGAAGGAAUGCUUGUUGGCUGUAAUGCUGGCUGGCAGGAACGCUGGCGAAAAGGAACACUGGCGAAAAGGAACGCUGGCUGGCAGGAAUGCAGGCUGGCAGGAACGCAGCCUGCAGGAACGCAGGCUGUCAGGAACGCUGGCUCGCAGGAAUUCUGGCUGGCAGGAAUGCUGGCUAACAGGAACGCUUGUUGGCAGGAACGCUGGCUGGCAGGAAGGCUGGCUGGCUGGAACGCUGACUGGCAGGAACGCUGGCUAUGA